ACUACGGACGUCUUUCCAAAUUACUGCAUCUACUCUGGAUUACCUCGCUGGAUUUUGUUCAUCUAAACUCUGGAAAUGAUUUGGUAUUCUUACAGCGACAAGACAGCACCUUUAUCCUUCACUCCGCCACUCUCAUUUUCACGGGCAGUCUCCAGUUUGCGGUACGAGACAUCUGAUGCUGAUCGGCGUCAGUUCAGAUGUUGACCACGAGAGGUCUCUCUUUUUUUAGUGGGGCAGAUGAGAGACCUGCUGCUCAGAGCAAGCUUCCCUUUUCCAUCUUCAAGUGUGCUCACUCAAAGCCUAGCCGGUCGACAUGGAGUCUGUUUCUGGAAGAAAGAAGCUUGGCUGCAUGCGGCAAGAGAACACACGUCUUUCAAUACAGGAUGAGGAACUCAUCAGCAGCUUCGAUCCUCUUCAGUAUGAACUACCUACCUCCAAGGCCUGUCUAAGAGUCCCGAGAGUUGGGAUUAGCAGCAAUGUGGCGGUCUUGACUGAACAGAUUCAUCAGCUUGAAGCAGAGUUGGAGGAUCAGGCUGAAAAAUUAAAGGCAGCCGAGCUGAGAGCAGAGUGCUGCCAGGAAGCAGCAGCUCACGGCGACGUUCUGGUGGCGUCUCUCACAGAAGAGCUCAGCGCGCUCAGAGAAGAGCUGGACGAGAGGGCAGCACUGGGAAAAAGAGCUGAACAACAAAGAAACCAAGCGCUUCAAAAUGCAGAGCAGCUCAAAGAUGCAUUCAAAAAUUAUAAGGCCACCAUUUCCCUGAAGCUCCAGAAGGUAACGGAGAGUGAAAGCAAACUGAAGCAGAGUCUUGCUGAGUGCGAUGGUGACAAAGAAGAACUUGAAAUGAAGUUUGCAGCGUUGGAGCGAGAGAAGGCCGACCACGGCCAGAAAAUGAACCAUUUGACUGAGGAGUUGAGGCAGACCAAAGCUGCAGCCGCUGGGUUCCAAGCCGAGAUCCGAGAAGCUGCUCGAAAAGCGUCGCACCUGGAGCGCCAGCUUGCUGAGCAAGGCGCCGAGGGUCGAGAGAAGGUUUCCUCUUUGCGCCGUGAGCUGGAGGACCUCCGUGCGCUGAACCACGGCCAGGAGCAGAGGCUGGCCCAGAGCCAGCGGGAGACCCAGCAGUGUCAGGCGGAGCUGGCCGGCCUGGAGGCCGUGCUGGCACUUUUACAUCUACGGGAGGAUGCAGUAGGGCAACUCUGCGCUCAUCCCUGUAUGCUGCCUCCAAUGGAUUACUCAGGAACUGCACACCUGCUAAAACUGAAGCCAGGCGAAGGCUACCAGCAGCUGCUGCGAGCGGUUCAGGCUGUGGAAGCGGAGCGGAGGAAACAGGGCGGCCUGGUCGAGCGGCUGCAGGAGCGGCUGAGCCGAGCUCAAGAGGAGAUCUCCUCCCUGCAGAGCGCCAUGGCCCAGAGAGCCUCGCACUACCAGAGUCUCCACACUGAGCUGCUGGACAGAGUCAGCCAAGCCACUGACACCGAGAAGGAGUUAAAGAGGAAAAGUUCUCGAGUUGCUGCUCUGGAGAAACAGUUACAGGAGAAAAGCUCGGCUUAUGGCCAGGCCGCCCUGAAAAACACCGAGUUGGAGAAUCAGCUGCAGGAGAAGACGAGUGCUGCUCAGCAUUACCAGUCACUGUUGACCAAACAGCAGAAGGAGCAUCAGCAGGCUUUGGAAAAAUGCAAACAAGCUCAGUCCCAUCAAUACACAGAGCAACAACACAGGAUAGAAAUGUUGCAGCUGUCUGUGGAAGAGGCUCAGACUCGACUGCUGGAGAUGCGGCUGGAGUUAAGUUCGCUGCAGAGGGAGCGAGACGAGGCUCAGAGGUCAGCUCUGCAGCUGGAGACGUCUCUCCACCAACUCCAACAGGAGAAGCAGCUUGAAGUCAGACACAAGGAGGAGAUGCUGCGAAGCUUCAGAGAGCAGAAGGCUCAGUCUGCUGCAGAGGUGUCCGAACUGCAGGCGUCUCUGUACGCAUGCAGAGAGGAGUUGAGCUUGUGCCUGCAGCAGAUGAACGAGGCGAAGAGGAGUCACGAGGAGGAGCUGCAGAAGAGCAACGAGCAGGUGUCGUCGUUGCAGGAGAAGCUCUGCAGCGCCCGCCUGGCGUGCGAGAGCUCCGGCGAGCAGAACCUGCAGCUGCAGGUCGCUCUGCAGCAGCAGCAGACCAUGCUGACGGAGAGCACUGCUCGCGUCUCUGAGCUCGAGGAGAGCCAGAGCCAACUGCAGCAGGAGGUGUCUGACCUGGAGCUGCAGCUGGAGCGAGCCCGGGUUUCCCUGCAGGAGGAAGUCAGGAGCAGAGACCAGGACGCUCAGGUCAAAGACAAGAGCCUGCAGGAACUGAACCAGCAGAACGCUCAGCUCUCUCAGUCCAUCAGCCAUCUCUCGUCAGAGAUGAAGAAGUACCGAGGCGAGCUGGUGUCGAAGGAGUCGGACGUGGAGCAUCUGAGGUCGGACUUGAUUAAAAAGGCUUCUCAGAUCAGCGGUCUGGAGGAGAGCUUGCAGCACGUGAGGCGGCAGCUCGCCAGCAAGAGCGAAAUAGUGUUCGACCUGGAGGAGAAGCUCCACCGCUGUGAGGCCGACCGGCUCAGCUGCGCCCGGCAGGUCCAGACGCUGGAGGGGCAGCUGCAGGCGGUGAGGGCGGAGCUGGCCGACACGCUGGAGACGCUGAAGGAGCUCAGGGACGUCCUGCAGAGAACCCAGACCGUGUCAGACGAGCGGCAGGCCACCGUGGAGAAACUCACUGUGCAGCUUAGUGAGACUCAGAGGGAGUUGGAGGAAAGAACUCAUGAAGCGUUAGACCUUGAUAACGCUCUCAAAGAAAGACAGGGGGAGCUCCAGCACAGAGCUAAACUGCUGGGCCAGCUGGAUGUGGCCAUCAGAGAGCACAAGCAGGAGCUGGAGAGGAAGGUGGAGUCUCUGCAGCGCAGCCUGGAGGAGAGGGAGAGCGAGCUGAGGGCGGCCCGGCGGGACCUCCGAGACAGAAACACCAAGGAGUCCCAGGAGCUGAGUCAGCAGCUGUGCGCCUGUCAGCAGAGCCAGAGGAAACUGCUGGAACAGCUGGAAGAAGCUCAGGCUCACUGUGAAGCUCUGACCGGAGAGCUGGACGCCGCCAAGCUGCAGAAUAAAGAGACGGAGGCGCGGCUGCGCGCCGCGGAGGAGCAGCUGGCCCUGAAGGAGGCGCGGCGGCUGCAGUCGGAGGCCGAGCUGCAGUGCAUGGUCGGCGCUCUGGAGCGGGAGCUGGAGCUGGAGAAGGAGCAGCACGGCAAGGAGCUGGACUCCUUACAGCAGACUCGAGGUCAGCUCCUCAAAGUCUCGGAGCAGAUCUCCUCCUCGCAGGAGCAGCUCACCGUUAAACUGCAGCAGAGCCAGAGCCAGCUGGAGCGGACCAGGACGGAACUGGAGCUGACCAGGGCGGAGCUGGAGCGGACCAGGGCGGAGCUGGAGCGCUCCCGGAGCCAGGCGGGCCGUCUCCAGACGCAGCUCCGUCAGGCUGAGAUCCGGCUGCAGCAGAGCGGAGAGCAGAACGGCCGCCUGCUCGCCCAGACGAAGCAGCUGUCUGCUGAGCUGGACCAGUCCAGAGUCCAGGCCGCUCAGCUCCACACUCAGCUGCUCGCCUCGGAGAAGUCUGUGGAAAACUCCCACGACUCCCUGCUGCUGAAGGAGUCCGAAGUGGCCCGUCUCCAGGCCAGGAUCUCCAGCCUGGGCCGAGCGGCCGACCGGCAGAGCCUGUACGGUCCCUCCCUGCACCCGCCUCCACGUCCUCCCUCCACGCACGCACACUCCCCGACACACACCCGCCCGUCGCCCCAGGACAGGUCGGGCGUGCGGGUGUGUGACAGCAGUGUGUCCUCCUCGCUGGACCUGCCCCUCAGCCUGAAGGCCGCUCUGAGGGAGGCUCUGAGCGAGGCGCCGUGGGAGGAGGAGUCGUCCUCCUCGCCCUUCACCUCACGCCUCCCAGCCGAUCACAGGUGGCAGGACGCCACGGCGACCUCUGACCUCUCCUUCAACCCGCUCACGUACGUGGUGGACGGAGGAGACGACGGGAACCCGGACGAGGAGCCGGAGGACGAGUCGAGGACCGGGUCCGCCGGCACCCCGCUGGGCCGCGAGGACGACGGCGACCUGAGCUCGCUCUCAGGGAUGCUGAGGUUCGUCAAUCAGACGCUGGCCAUGCAGGACGACCCGUCGUCACGGAGACCCGCACAGCUGACGGGGAGGCGGAGCUCUGCAGAACCAAGCUGAGGACACUUCGGUGAGGAGACGCUGUUUGCCGGAGCACAGAAGUCCUGAACUUAAUUUAGUUUUUAAAUCUACUGUUUUAGUCAGAGUUGUUUUUUCCAGAGUAAAGACAUUUUCAGUCCUGUGGAAAAACCUUUAUAUGUGUAGCAGAUCAGCUAUGUAGUUUUUUUUUGUAGGUGAAGGAUUUUUAUUUAAUCUUUGUAUCUUUUUGGAGC